AUGAUGCGAAAGCGCCACAACGACAGGAGCGCGAAGACUCUCCACUUCCGUGCGGAGCGGAACCUCAGCAAGAAUAUGAAGAAGUGGAUUACGCGCCGCAGCUCAUCUCCCGUGCACAGCCCCAAGGCGCUGGAGGAUCACAGGAGGCCCAACCGCACUCCGUCCCCGCCAUCACGGACUCUUCGGCGGGGCAAGGCGAAGCGCGUCCGGCGCCAUCAUGGCCUGGUGUGCACCCUCAUCAAUCACGGGGUGGAGAUGAGGCAUGGCUACCACAGCGCCCGGAGCAUCGUCGAGUCCCCCUCAGCCACGAGCUCCCAAGACUCGGAGUCGGUUUCCUCUGGACGAGUUUCAGAGGUCUCUUCGGAAGGCCUCGAUGAGGCCUCGGAGGAGCUCGGUCUCGGACUCCAUCAUCUCAGGGCUUUCCGUUGGAGGCUCCUCCGGCGCUUUGCCGGGCCGCCGGAGGCCUUUGCUCAAACUGUGGAGAAUCCCUUGGAGCCCAUGUCCUUCGAUCUCUUCUGCCUCCUG